AAGAGAGUAGCUUUUAGGCAUUUCUAGCUUUUUGAUUGUUCCCUCUUAAAUGGUAACGUCAGGCAACUGAGAGCGAUAAUGCGUAGAGUUUCAGCUUCCUUUCUAGUUUCCACCCAAUCUCUAUCUAAACAAUCGCCAAUUCCAUAACGUCUCGAGAUCUGAGCAUCAUUUCUUCUCGACUCUUCUUCUCAACAUCUCCAAGCUCAGCUCUCAAGUAAUCAUCUCAGGUAAGUUUUGGAAGAUGACUACACCAGUUGAGACUUCAAUCAAACCUCAGCUUUCCCACAAACAUUCACAUCCACCUCUAAAUGAGAGGAUUCUUUCAUCUCUGAAUACGAAAUCCGUUGCUGCACAUCCAUGGCAUGAUCUUGAGAUAGGACCUGGUGCUCCACAGAUCUUUAACUGUGUGGUUGAAAUCAGUAAGGGGAGUAAGGUGAAAUAUGAACUAGACAAGAAAACUGGAAUGAUCAAGGUGGACAGGGUACUUUACUCAUCAGUUGUUUACCCACACAACUAUGGCUUUAUUCCUCGCACCCUUUGUGAGGAUAAUGAUCCUAUUGAUGUCUUGGUUAUCAUGCAGGAACCGGUCCUCCCUGGUUGCUUUCUCCGUGCCAAAGCGAUAGGCCUCAUGCCUAUGAUUGAUCAGGGUGAAAAAGAUGACAAGAUCAUUGCUGUUUGUGCUGAUGAUCCUGAAUAUCGUCACUAUACUGACAUCAACGAGCUUCCCCCACAUCGAUUGGCUGAGAUUCGUCGCUUCUUUGAGGACUAUAAGAAAAAUGAGAACAAGGAAGUUGCUGUCGACGAAUUCCUUCCAUCCACGAGUGCUUUUGAUGCUAUCCAGCACUCUAUGGAUCUUUAUGCUGAUUACAUUGUGGAGAGCUUGAGGCGGUAGAUAGUUUGGUUGGGUUUGCUCUCGAAACAUUGACUGCUUUUCUUAUGCCGAGAUAUAAAUAAUCUUGUUCUACUCGUUUAGUUUAUGACGAUGAUGAAGAAAAACGGCUGGCAGUCUUUAUUUGUACUAGAUGAUUUCACAUUGCAAUUAGUCGGCAAAUCGACAACAAUGUUCUUGGUUUUGUUUAUAUUGAUUAUAUUUUGAACAAACCCUGUUUCAAUGUUCUUGCAUUUCAUUAUGAAAUGCUUCUAUUUUCUCU